GGUGGAGGUAGCCACUGGUACUUUGUGGGUUUAGAAAGAAAGACAUAGUGUCUUUAAUAAAUUGUACUUCUGAGAAUAUGGACAGUGUCAUUGUAAUCUUUAACCACAGUCUUUUUUAAUUUAUUGUGGAAAUUUUCCAAUAUUCAAUAGUAAAGAGGACAGUAUAAUUUUUUCCCAUCAUCUGGCUUCAAAUAACAGUCAACUCAUAGCCAAUCUUGUUUUAGCUACAUCCCCACCGCUCUAGAUUAUUUUGAAGCAAAUCCCAGACAUUAUAUUCAUAAGUAUUUAGUAUCUGUAGCUCUAGCAGAUACUUUAAAAACUUAACCAUAUGCCAUUAUUGCGCUGGAAGAAAUGGCUUCCUAAUAUCAUCAAAUACCCAGUAAGUAUUCAGAUUUCCUUAUCUCAUAAAUGUGUGGUUUAAAUUAAGAUCUAGAUGCAAUCCAUAUGUUGUUACUGGUUGAUGACGUCUCUUGUGUCUGAUGAUCCAUAGGUCCUCCUUACUUCUUCCUGUGUACUCUUGUAUUGUCUCUCCCUUGCAAUUUUUUCUUGAAGAAAUUGGGUCAUUUUUUCCUGAAGAGUUUCCAGUAUGGAUUUUACUAAUUGUAUCCUUAUGACAGCAUGUUCCUCUGUUUCCAUAUUUCCUAUAAUUGAGUGGUUAGAGCUGUAUUGUCCAGUAGGGUAGACCUGUAUGUCUGUUGGGCACUUGAAAUUGAGAGUUUGAAUUGAAAUUGAAUUUGAAUUGAGAUACACAAUUACAUAUAUGGAUCCCAUAUUUCUAUCAGCACUCAUCAAGAGUGCACACAUUUCUUAACCACAUAUGGAUUGGAAUUUUCUGACAAGAAUAUUUCAUAGGCCCUAUGAAAUCUUCUUUUUUUUUUUUUUAAGAUUUUAUUUACUUAUUUGUCAGCACGCGCACAAGCAGGGGGAGCGGCAGGCAGAGGGAGAAGCAGGCUCCCUGCUGAGCAAGGAGUCUGAUGCGGGACUCCAUCCCAGGACUCCGGGAUCAUGACCUGAUCUGAAGACAGACGCUUAACCAACUGAGCUGCCCAGGUCCCAGCUGGAAUACUUCUAAAAAGAGAAACAUCCCCUCAUCAACCAUUUGGUUACCCUAGGGUACAAUUUGUAUAGGAAAGGCAAGUAAGUGUUUCCUUUUUUUACUAGUUUUCAAAGUAAUGAGCUGGUCCCCUAGCAUCCUCCAAAGGUGAUCAGUGAAUUUUAAGUAUCAUUAUGAACUCAGAUCUCAACAUAUUUGUCUUCCAAACCAUUGUUAACUAUUUUCUUCAUCAAUUGCCUCACCUUUCUUUGGUCAGUGGGAGCCCCUUUAACUCAGUUCCUGAAUUCCCACUCAACUCCAGUAUUCUGUUCCAAGUUUGUCUUGAACAUUUCUUAUCCCAAACCAGGAAGCAGUCAUUUCUCCAAUGACCCCUGGUUCCUGUUCAGUGGAAAAGGUAUUUAUACACCACAGUCCCCAUGGUAGGGGUGGUCAUUGUUCUUGCUGGUUCUUGUUAGUUGGUUUUUAUGCUCUUCAGUCAGAACUAGGAAUCCGGUCCUAUUGAGCCAGCAGACCUUUUCUAAAUCAUGUCUUUUUUAUACCUGUAUUCUUUUUAUAUUGAACAUAAAUCAAUGAAAAUAGAGAAAUAAAUUCAAAGAUUAACAAGAAAUGUGUUGAUUCAUCAUGUCCUGUAUAUAAGAAUAUUGUUCGUCAUAUUUCCCAGUAGUGGAGACCCUGGAUUUGUGAGAUACUCUAACAAAAAGCAUUUAAGAAGUACAAGGAACAUUAGAAAACGAAAUAAAGAGAUUAGUUAUAUGUUAAGUACUAAGAAUGUUCAGCCCAAGUGGCUGAGUUUAUGACAUCAAAGGAUUUGCUACAAGCCAAGGAAUGUAAUCACUCUAAACCCAUUCAUGUUCCUGUGUCCACGUGACUUGUGCAAGGGUGUAUCAAGAAGCUUAGCUGGGAUUAUACCAUCCGUUGUAGCAAUUUACUUCUACAUGUUUUGUCCACAGGGAAGCUAUCCUGGGAAUCACAAGGUAAGUACAAAGUAUGUCUUGUUCCAUUCAAAUAAUAAUAUAGAAUAUAUAGGACAAGCAAUGAUACAUUUUAGGGACUAGAGAUUACAUGAGGCAUUUCCAACUAAAUCUUUUUUUUCUUUUAAUGCUUACAACCAAUAAGCUAUUCCUGUAUAAUUAACUGUUAACUUUUUGAGUAAUCACUACACUGCUGUGGGGCUCAAACUCAUCUCCCCGAGAUCAACAAGAGUCGUGUGCUCUUCUGACUGAGCCAGCCAGGCACCCCUAACUAUAAACAAAUUUUGGGUGUGCCCAUACAGUAGUUCUGACUUAGCACAUCUGUCUGUCUAUGAAGAAUUUGUUUCCAGUGCAGGCUCCAUUUGCCCGUUGGAAUAAACUGAGUUUCUCAUAGUCUCUGAAGCAAGGAUCAGUCUUUGAGGUAGUUGGUGCUAGAAUGCAUAACUGUGCAAUGCAGUAGGCACCUGUCAACUUCAUUAACUCAAUGCUGGCCAGAAUACGGAUACCAGGACUUGAACUGUGUUCUUAGGAAAUUGUUUUUACCAUUUGCCAGGACGAUAUUAAAUGCUGGAGACAUAAAAAAGUGCAAAAAAGACAUGAUUCCUGCUCUCCUGGAGUUAGAAUCUGAGUAGAGAAGCCACCAGCCACUUCACCUUUUCUUUCCUGGCUGUGUGGGUCUCAGCUAAGCCAGCACACAGGAGUAGUGAGACCGUCUGAGACCAAGCCUGGUCCUCAGGACUACGCUCCCUCCUUGCCAUCAGGCAGCCUGCCCCAGCCCUGCUCAGCCAUCUCCACACUCCUCUGACAGAAUGAAUGCCCUCGAUGGCGUCCCCUUCAAAGUGCCCAAUGGCUUUGUGAUAGGCACAGAGCCCUUUCCUGGGCCAGAGCUCAGCGUCCCAGACUGCAGGGAGCUUCUGCUGGGUUCUAUGCACGACUUCAGCCUGGAGAGGAGAGCGCUCUUCUGGGUGGAGGCUGUCGUCCGGGGACCCUGCCCGGUCCAGUGCGACGCUACGGGAAUGGCAUCAGCCCCUCCCGCCUGGCUCCUGCUGGUCAGCCCGGAACGCGAGCUAGUGUCCGCACCUGCUGCAGACACGGGCCCUGAGGCCGGACCCCAGCAGCAGCUUGACCAGGAGGAGCAGAAAGAGGAGGAGGACAAGGAGGAAGAGGAAGACAGCCAGGGAGAGGCCCACGACGCGGAAGAAGAAGCCGCCUCUGCCAACGAGGAAGAGCCAGGUCCCCGCAGCCCCCUGUCCAGCUCCCCUGCGAGCCCCGUCCCCGGCCAUCCCCGGUGCUCGCUGUACUUGCUGCGCGGCGUGAGGUCGGAGCUGGCCAGGGCACGGCGGCGGCUCUCCGAGGGCCGGCUGGCCGCCCACCCCCGCGCCCUCCUGCACCGCAUCCGCCACCGGGCGCUGAGCGCCAGCGCCCCCGCGUCGCCCCCGCGGCCCUCCACGGCCGGCGCCAUGCCCCCGCUGCGGAGCCACAAGCCCACGGUCGCGUCCCUCAGCCCGUACACCUGCCUGCCACCUCUUGGGGGGGUGCCUCAGCAUCUCAGCGCCUGGGGAUCACACCCUGCUUCUGUGGACCUGCUGUCCGCCCUGAGCCAGGAGGAGCAAGACCUCAUCGGGCCAGUGGUCGCCCUGGGGUACCCCCUGCAUAGGGCCAUCGGGGCUCUGCAGAAGACAGGGCGGCAGAGCCUGAGCCAGUUUCUCAGCUACCUUAGUGCCUGUGACCGGCUGCUGCGACAAGGCUACGACGAGGGGCUGGUGGAGGAGGCCAUGGAGAUGUUCCAGUUCUCCGAGAGCCAGGCACAGGAAGGGAGGUCCAGGCCCAUGUCACCCUGAGGUACAGGAAAAAACAGCGGGUGCUGCCCAGGAUCAGGCUUACUGGCUUGGGAAGUCCACAGCUUUGUGGGAGUAGAUACGGUAGGUACCAGGGAGAGGGCUCCACAGGGAGGUGGCUGGCCUGGCAGAGUCCCCAGCACUCUCUCUGCUUCCCCUUCCUCAGGCAGGGGAGUUCCUGCGCCUAUGGGAACAGUUCAGUGACAUGGGCUUCCAGCAGGACCGGAUCAAGGAAGUGCUGCUGGUCCAUGGCAACCGCAGUGAGCAGGCGCUGGAGGAUCUGGUAGCCUGUGCCCAGUGAGCAC